GGACCGAGCACCUUUUAUCUUCACUUCAGAGAUGGAGUAUUUCAUCACAGAAGGUGGAAAAAACCCACAGCGUUUCCAAGAGUUUGUGGAACUUUGCUGUCGAGCUUAUAAUAUAGUCAGGAAACACAGCCAAUUGCUCUUGAACCUGCUGGAGAUGAUGCUGCAUGCAGGGUUGCCUGAGCUGAACAGCGUCCAGGAUUUGAAGUAUGUGUAUGAUAACCUUCGUCCACAGGACUCAGACCUCCAAGCCACGAGCCACUUUACCAGGAAAAUAAAGGAAAGUUUAGAGUGCUUCCCUGUCAAACUCAACAACCUAAUCCAUACACUCGCACAAAUGUUAGCCACAGGCUUUGCCAAGCCUACAGAUUCACAGAGUGUUCCUCGGGAAUCCAACAUGCUGGAUGCAGAGAGGUCAAUUGCCCGAGCAACCAUUUUAGGGUUCAGCAAAAAGCCUGACUCU